UCCUGGCAAAGCGCCUGCCUCCAAUUGGGGCGGAGCUAGCUGCUGUGUGAAUAGUCUAAAACGGAUCUGGCCAAAGCUAGAGUCGUUAUCCAGUGCAUUCAGACAGAAUGCUUGCCCUCCGACUCACCGUGUUUGCCCUCCUCUUCUGUGGGACCUGUGGUUUCUCCAGGUUUUGGUUUAACCUGUUUAACCACUGCAACCCUCCCGAGCAGCUUGUAGGGAAGUUCUGUGCUGCUUUGCUUGACAACGACGUCAACGGUGACGGCAGAGUGGACGGCAGUGACAUCGGCAAAGACGUCCUGUAUUACAACUACGACGAUGACCUUUGCAUCAUGCAAGAGUGGGAGGUCGUGGCCAGAUGGACGUGUAGGUACGGCUUCUCCGACCAAUACGGCCGAUUCAUGUACAAAUUAUUCGACGCCAACCAAGAUGGCCUUGCGACCGCAAACGACUUCAAGACAUUCAAUUUUACCAAUGCCGACUUCUUAGCGACGCAAUACACUCGUUUCAAGAACAUGUACUGCGGUGACCCGAAGAACAGGGAGGACCCCGUUGACCGAGUCCAGUGUGCCGAGGUGAAUGCACUGAAACCAGAGGACGUCAAGUGUACAUAAGAAGGACCCACAAUCACCUGUAAUGUGGAAACGUCAAUAAAACUGUUGGUAAUA